GGUACAAAUCCAUCCUUUUCCACAGGGACCGGGAGAUUCUGGUGUCUUCAAAAAUAGAAUUAGCAGUGACCAGACACUGGUAGGGUGACCAGACAGCGAAUGUGAAAAAUCGGGACGGGGGUGGGGGUGGGGGUAAUAGGAACCUAUAUAAGAAAAAGACCGAAAAAUCGGGACUGUCCCUAUAAAAUCGGGACAUCUGGUCACCCUAGCUGCUGGUGUUAGACCCCGGAAACUGAUGUCCUGUAAUUAUCCCAGGACUGGACAGAGUCUGAGCAGUGGCUGCCUUUUCUCUUCACUGGUUCCUCUCCCUGCCUGUCUGAUCUUUGCCUCUAGCAGGCGUUGCAGCUUCGUCUCUUCCCCUGCCACGGAAGCCCGGGUUACCUCUCCGAGAGCAUCUCAGCAAGAGAUAUCCCGGGCUACACGUCCUGGAGCCUGGCCUGUGCCGUUAUGAUCCUUCCCCGCGCAUGGCCCUCCAAAGCGGCCGUGUGCCCGGCAUCAAGAUCAUCCUCAUUCACCUGCUGUUGUGCCUGGUCACUUUCUACACAGUCUAUUACAUGAUUGGAAGCAUCUGCUCUGGAGCUUUCAGGCUGGACACAUUUGAUGGACUUAUCCCCUUUGAAUUUAACACAGAACCAUCUCACUCAAAUCCCAAAUAUCUGGUGAAUUUGCUAUCCAUGGAACUGACCUACUUCACCAGCGGCCUUCUCUUUGCUGCUCUGCUGAAGCGAUGGGUCUGGGACUACGCCAUCACUGUCACAUUGGUCCAUGUGGCACUGACGUCUGUAGUGAUGGAACAGUUCCCUUUGGUGUGGCACUGGUGGCUAGCACUUGGCAGUGGCCUCUUUAUCAUGAUUUUCAGUGGACAACUUGUGACUCACUUUGCUUGCCCUGACUCCAGUGAUCCCACUUUGGACAGCUACUGACAUUCUUGAGAGAUUCAAGAUCAAGGUACUUUACUUCCUAGACCUCCAAACCUGAGCAUUUCAGCUGAGCAGUAUUUAUAGGGACUGCAGUGAGUUCAAGUAGCCGGGCUAGAAAGAAGAAACGUCCAAUGCUUUCUGAGGAGUAACUAUGCAACUGUGCACCACGAACACUGAAGAGACCUAAAUCCCAUUUAGCCGCCUCAAAAUGAUCCAGCACGGUUUGGCAUGAAUAAAAGCCAUUAAGCUCCUUUCAUUUGAGAGAGGGUCAAAGAGAAGCUCGUACUAGAGAAACGUGGACUAUUUCUCUGUGGGUAAGCUGAAAGGUGUUGACAGUCUAUUUGGUCAAGUUUCCCCUUGGACUGCUCUGCAGUUCUAGGCAUUUGGAGUUUUGUAAUUUCCUGUUCUGCUGUUUAAAGUGCAUGUUCAAAUCCAAUCCUGUGUCUCGUAUUUAAUAAGCACAGUGAUAACUGGAUUCAAGAGUGUCACUAGAGCAUAUAAACGGUCACUUGUAUUUUAGCCAUGGUCUAGGGGCUAAGCCUGCUGUCCCUAAAGAUCAUUCCAAACGAGCAGCUGGUGUUCUAGCUACAAGCAUCUAUUACUCCUACUAUGGGAGCAGAGGGUGCUUCCCCCCAUGAAGUGCACAGAUAAGAUGUAAAUACAGCUCUUGUCCUUCCAGGCAAUAGGGACUAGCUUUGCAGGGUUUUUUAAUUUUAAAAAGGAGCUACUGCUAUGAGGUAUUUUUGGUAUUUGCAAUGCAUAGGGUGAUAGUGAUAUUCAUGGAUUUUAAGGCCAGAAGGGACCAUUGUGGUCAUCUAGUCUGAUCUCCUUUACAAACACAGGCAACAGAAUUUCCCUGAGUUGAUUCCUGUUAGAACAAGAGCAGAUCUUUUAGAAAAACAUCCAAUCUUGAUUUCAAAAUUGCCAGAGAUGGAGAAUCCACCAAUUGUUAAUUACCCUCACUUCAAAGUUUGCACCUUAUUGCUAAUCUGAAUUUGUCUAGCUUCAGCUUCCAGCUAUUGGAUCUUAUUACUCCUUCACUAGCUAGAUUGAAGAGCCCUCUGUCAUCAAAUAUUUGUUCCCCAAGCAGGUACUAACAAACUGAUCAAAGUCACCCCUUAAUCUUCUCUGUGUUGAGCUAAACACGCUGGGUAACACAAGGAGCUCAAUCCUUUAACCACUCUUAUGGCUCUUCUCUGAACACUUUCCAAUUUAGCAACAUCUUUCAUGAACUGCGGACACCAGAACUGGACACAGGAUUUUAGCAGUGAUUGCACCAGUGCCAAAUGCAGAAGUAAUAUAACCUACUCGAGAUUCCCCUCUUUACAUUAUGUUUAUAACAUAAUUGCCAUACUGGAUCAGAACACUAGUUAGUCUAAUUUCUAAGAGAGACUGGUAUGAGAUGGGAGUGCAGGCUGUAGUUCUGCUAAUCCCAGCAGUGGAUGACAUGGUGUUAGAAGUAUCAGGUCCUGAGAAAUGAGAACUUCCAUUCUGCAGCUUGCCAGGAUGGCAGCACACAGACGGAACUCACUGGACUACUUAAACCGGCAUCUCCUUUCUCCCUGCCACAGCUUGUCAGGAACCAGCAUGCCUAAUGAGAAAUAUAAGGCACAUAAGACGGGAGCAUGUAACAAUGUGAUAGGAGGGUUACCAUUUGUCCCAGGCCUUACAGUUCAUUAUCUGAGAUCUCACUAAGGGGAAGAAAAAAUAAAGUUCACUUGUGGGAAGGCAGAAGCCCAUAUCAUAUUUUUAAAGCGAGCUUUGCACACAUUAGCUGAGAAGUAACCAAAGGCAGUGACUAUCAAUGCCUGUCUGUGUUGAUCAUGCCUCCUUGACUUUUGUUGUGGCCUGUGUGAACGAGCUGUAAUGCAACCCUGCAAAAGAGUUGAAAUACAAACAUUUGGAGGCAACAGCAUGACAUUUU